AUGGAUGAACUCCUUCAAACAGCAGAGGAACAUUUAUAUGGACGUAAUGAUAAAACAAAAGAUCAAAGCCUUGCUGUUCUUUAUCUUCAAGAAGCUGCCAACAAAGGUAAUCACUCAGGUGCACAAGCUGUCCUUGGAUUUUGUUACGAGUUCGGUCUUGGAAUUCCUAUCGAUUUUAAAUUAGCAGAGCGUUAUUACAUCAUGUCUGUCAAGUCAGCUUUAACAGCAAACAGUGCAAAAUUUAGUCAGGAAGCCAUUGAUCAAUUAGAUUUAAGUGAUGCUACUCUUUUAGGUAUCACACGAUUAGCCUUCUUGAGAAAGUAUGGUCGUCCCGGCGUUCAAAUUAAUCGUGUUGAAGCAGAAUAUUGGGAAACAAAAGUAAAUGCGAGAGGACCCAAGGCUAUUGAAUGGAUUCGACGUGCUGCUGAAAUAGAUCAUUGUUCAGCUAGUCAAUAUUGUUUGGGUGUUUGUUAUCAUGAUGGUAUUGCUGUUUCAAAGGAUGAACAGUUGGCAUUUAAAUGGUAUAAACUUAGUGCAGAGCAAGGUAAUUGUCGUGGUCAAGGUAUCCUUGGUUAUUGUUAUGGUGAAGGCUUUGGUGUUGAGAAAUCUGAAAAGGCAGCCUUGGAAUGGUAUCAUCGUGCUGCUAUUCAAGGUGAAACUGUGGCCAUUUAUAAUAUUGGUUAUUGUUUUGAAGAUGGUAUUGGUGUUCCUAAGAAUCCUAUCGAAGCCGUUAAAUGGUAUCUGCUAGCUGCUGAGAAAGGAAAUGCAUUCGCUCAGAAUUCAUUAGGUUAUUGUUAUGAAGAUGGUAUUGGUGUUGCUCAAAAUAAACAAAUUGCUGCCGUAUGGUAUCGUCGAUCUGCAGAGCAAGGUUAUCCUUGGGCUCAAUGUAAUUUGGGUUAUUGCUAUCAAAAUGGUAUUGGAGUUGAGAAGGAUGCUGCAGAGGGAGCUUAUUGGUAUGGGCAAGCUGCACGUCAAGGACAUGGUCGCGCUCAACAUAAUCUUGGUUUCUGUUAUCAAAAUGGUAUCGGCGUGGUUAAGAAUUUAAAAUUGGCUGUUGCUUGGUAUAAAAAAUCUGCUCAACAAGGUAAUGUGUUUGCCUUCCAUUCUUUAGGCUACUGCUAUCAAAAUGGAUUAGGUGUUGAAGUUAAUUUACGUGAAUCCGUAUAUUGGUACCUGCGUAGCGCUGAGCAUAACCAUGCCCCCGCACAACUUUCCUUGGGCUUUUGUUAUAGAAAUGGUAUGGGUGUAGAAAAAAAUGAAGAAGAAGCUGUUAAAUGGUUUAGACUAUCUGCUAUACAAGGAAAUCCAUUAGCACAAAACACACUUGGCUUUUGUUAUGAAGAAGGUUUAGGUGUUAAAAAGGACCCAAAAUUUGCAGUUCAUUGGUAUAUGAAGGCAGCUAAACAGGGUAAUCCAUGGGCUCAAUGUAACCUCGGAUACUGCUAUGCGAGUGGUAUUGGUGUCGCAGAGAAUCCAACAAAAGCGAUUUAUUGGUAUCGUAGAGCAGCUCAACAAAAUCAUGCUCGUGCACAAGAUAAACUUGGUGUCCACCUUCAAGCUGGUAUUGGGUGUCGACAAAAUCUUGAAAAGGCAGUGGUCUAUUUUAAACUCGCUGCUCAACAAGGUCAAAUUACUGCACAAUAUCAUUUAGGUCUCUGCUAUGAAAAAGGUUUAGGUACACCCGUUAAUUUACGAGAAGCUAUGGCAUGGUACGAACGAGCGGCUACAGCUGGCUGUAGAAACUCAUAUCAUCGUCUUCGUCAACUUUUAUUGCGUUACUGCCUUGAAAAUGCUUCUGCCGCUGAAAUUGUCCAAAGAGUUGGUAAUAUAAACGAUUGCUGGUCAACUAAUUCGAACUCUUUGGGUUGGGUUUCUGGUUUUGCUGCACCUGCAGCUUAG